UUUUUUUUUUUUUUUAUCUUUGGGUAUUUCAUCGUCUCUUUCGUCGUUGAUCGGCAGCUGCACCGGAAACCAGCAACGGUCCCCACCUGGAAAACCAUGAUUAUCUGAAGAAUCGGGUAAUCUUUCGUAACUGAAAUUUGGGUCUUCACGUUGGUCUCUGCUGAUUUGAUUGCCCGGACGAGGGUCGACGACAAAGUCGAGUUUUUGAACUGAGAACAGUUACCAUUCCUCGUUUCUUGAAUAAUCUGAAGAUCAGAACUUUCGACUCCCCAUUUUGAUCUUGAAGUCGUGUGCUCAGCAAAUUAAGUGACGCCAGUUUCAAGGACUGUUUUUUCUUCUGGGGUGGUAUGGGUGGAACUGGGUUGCUUUGGGUUUGGAGGUUUGUCGUGCUUCUUCAGUUGAUCAGUGGCGUUCUUGGUUGGGGAAAGGAAGGUCACUAUGCAACUUGCAAAAUAGCAGAGGAGUAUCUAACUGAAGAUGCCAAGGUUGCGGUGAAACGGUUACUUCCUGAUUAUGCUGGAGGGGAUCUUGCAUCUCUUUGCUCCUGGCCUGAUGAGAUUCGUUUCCACUAUCACUGGAGUGGUGCUUUGCACUAUGUUGACACACCAGAUUUCAAGUGUAACUAUGAAUACUGCAGAGAUUGCCAUGAUUCUUCUGGACACAAAGAUAUGUGUGUUACUGGGGCAAUCUACAAUUAUACAAGGCAACUUGAAGCAGCUGGCAGCUCCUAUGCAAUAACAAAUUACAACUUAACAGAGGCGCUUCUUUUCUUAUCACAUUUUGUUGGAGAUGUCCAUCAGCCCCUGCACGUUGGUUUCACUGGAGAUUUAGGUGGAAAUACCAUCAUUGUUCGUUGGUACCGGAGGAAGACUAAUUUGCACCAUGUGUGGGACACCAUGAUUAUUGAUUCUGCAUUAAAAACAUUUUAUCAGUCUGAUCUUUCUCAGAUGAUCCAAGCCAUUCAGAGAAAUAUUACGGAUGGCUGGUCCAAUGAUGUACCAUCUUGGGGAGAUUGUGCAUCUAACAAAACAGUUUGUCCUGAUCCUUACGCUUCUGAGAGCAUCAAGUUGGCAUGUAAAUACGCAUACAGGAAUGCCACUCCAGGAAGCACUCUAACAGAUGACUACUUCCUCUCCAGGCUGCCCAUUGUAGAGAAGAGAAUAGCUCAGGCAGGAGUUCGCUUGGCAUCAAUCCUCAACCGGGUGUUUGCUUCUCCGAAGCAAGCUGCACAUAAAUGAAAGAUGAUUGGAGUACAUCAACUUUUUUUUUAAGCAAAGCGCGUGGGGACCAGAUUCUUCAGUUCGGCCACAUUAAUGAUCUUCAUCACCGAAUUGACUAGCUAUUCUCUUCUUCUGUCAACCUUUUAAGGCAAAAAACAAUUGCUCACUCCGGCCACCUAAUCCUCUCGCUCCUAUUUUAUAUGUUGAUGCUAUGCUUAUCCCGGAAUAUGCCUUAUUCUCCAUGCAAUGUUAGUCAAACUUUUGGGACAAGCAAAAAAAACAGUUACAUGUGCUUUCGUGCAAGCAAUGGAAAUGUACUCAAAAGUUGUGUAUAUAAAUCUUAUUGUUCUUCUC